AGAGGUGCAAUUAGUUUUUUAAAAAUGUAAAAAAAAACAUUUGCUGGGGUUGUGUGUGUGUGUGAGAGAGAGGGAGAGGGAGAGGAGACGGCUGGUUUGAACCGUGGAUGAGGAGAGUCUUUCAUCAACCAGAACCUGCAGCCCCUGUGUCAGAUAUGGGGACUGCCAAUAUCAUUGGGAGUUUGGCCGUCCUGCUCUCCUCCUCGCUUCUCAUCUGUGCUACUGCCCUGGUUGAUGCGGAUGAUGUGAUUACCAGAGAUGAACAGAUCUACUUGCUGCUCCAUGCCAAACACAAGUGUGAACAGAAGAUGAAGCCCAGGAUAAUGACAGCUACUGAACGGUAUUGUGCAUCCCAAUGGGACGGUAUCCUCUGCUGGCCAGAAGUACUGCCGGGCAAAUUGGUUGCCAUGCAGUGCCCAGAUUAUAUUUACGACUUCAACCACGAAGGCCGCGCCUACCGCCAGUGUAACGUGGAUGGGAGCUGGGAACUCGCAGCCAUCAACAACCGCACCUGGGCCAACUACACAGAGUGCUCGGGUCACCUGCUGCAUCUGAACCACAGCACGGAAAAGGAUAUCUUUGACCGGCUGUACCUCAUAUACACAGUGGGGUACUCCAUCUCAUUUGGUUCCCUCACUGUGGCUGUCAUUAUACUGGGCUAUUUCAGACGGCUUCACUGUACCAGGAACUACAUCCACAUCCACCUCUUUGUGUCCUUCAUACUCCGCGCCAUCAGCAUCUUUGUGAAGGACGCCGUCUUGUACUCGGAGAUAACUUUCUUGGAGCUGGAAGGAGGUUCCUGGGAGAACCUGAAGUUUAUCACUGAACCGCCAUCACAGGACAAGUCGCAGUAUAUUGGAUGCAAGGUUGCUGUCACCAUUUUCCUUUACUUCCUUGCGACUAAUUACUACUGGAUUCUGGUGGAAGGUCUGUAUCUCCACAGCCUCAUCUUCAUGACGUUUUUUUCGGACAAGAAGUACCUUUGGGGCUUCACCUUAAUAGGCUGGGGGGUCCCUGCCGUAUUCGUGGCUGCGUGGGCGAGCGUGAGAGCGACUCUGGCCGAUACUGAGUGCUGGGACUUAAGUGCGGGGAACUUAAAGUUGAUUUAUCAGCUACCGAUUCUGGCUUCAAUAUUGGUGAACUUCAUGCUUUUCAUCAACAUAAUCAGACUGUUAGCCACGAAACUAAGAGAGACCAACGUGGGAAGGUGUGAUAGUCGGCAGCAGUACCGGAAGCUGCUGAAGUCCACCCUGGUCCUGUCUCCGCUGUUUGGAGUGCAUUACAUUGUGUUCAUGGCUAUCCCGUACACCGACGUCUCUGGGAUUCUCUGGCAAAUCCAGAUGCAUUAUGAAAUGUUCUUCAAUUCCUCUCAGGGCUGUUUUGUGGCUGUCAUCUACUGCUUUUGUAAUGGAGAGGUGCAGAGUGAGAUCAAGAAAGCGUGGGCGCGUUGGAUCCUGGCGCUGGACUUCAAGCGCAAGGCUCGUAGCGGCAGCGCGGCCUACAGCUACGGGCCCAUGGUGUCGCACACCAACAACAGCAUCAGCGGCAACGUGCCGACGCGGGCGGCGAACCUCGGCAGUCGCGGCGGCGGUCGAACCAACGGGCACUGGAACCUGCCGGGCUACGUGAAGAGCAGCUCGGUGUCGGAGAACUCCCACCCCUCCUCCCUGCCGGAGCAGUACGGCAAGGACGAGGAGAUCGCCAAGGCCCCGGACUCCAGCAAGCCCUCCUUGGUUGUGGAGGAGGAGAGGGAGACCGUAAUGUGACUGCU